AUGAAUCUACAUCAGAUUGUUAGUGGUGCCUGCAAUGCAGGCGAUAAAUGCUUCGCUGUAGGCUCAGUAGAAGGAGUCCCGUUCACUGCAUACGCGGCUGGCUGUAACAUUGUUAUACUGGCCUCGACAUUCGAAAGAGUUCAAAUCAUUCCUGGUGCUAUUCACGACUAUAUUAGAGUCACUUCUGUGGAUUGUUCUAGUGAUACAGGCAAAAUAGCUGCUUCGUACCACGAUGUUGUGUGCAUUUAUGAACCUACUCCUUUGAUUCACAAUACUUCUACACACGGUCUAGAUUACAGAUGGGUGCAAACCGGUACCCUUACCACCGAUUCACCCAUUAGAGCUUUGAGCUGGAAUCUCGAAGGCACCCGUUUGCUAACUGCAGGUACCCACGUGCAAUUGUGGCAUCUCAAAUCCCAAGCGAAUGAAGAAGAUCACAAACAACCGGCUGUCACGUUCACCCUGGGUGGAGGCCACCAAGAUGGCACUGAAGAUGGCGAUUUGCACGAUGAACCGGAUAAACCCCAAGAGCAAGAACAAACAUCGUGGCAAUGCGUUUGGAAAGCUAACACAGCUAUUCCAGUUCAACAUUUGGCUUUCAGUCCGGACGGUACUCUGUUUGCGACCUGCGGUGAAAACGAUAGAUUGGUUAAAAUUUGGUACGAAAAUCGACACGUUUUGUUCACUUCGAAGAGUUCCGAUGGUCCUUUAGAAUUGGAUUACGGUUUCGUCUACAUCGCUCAUCCCAGGGCUGUGACUCACAUUUCUUGGAGAACCACCAGCAAAUACAUGCCUAAGGGUUCAGUGUCGAAUAUGCUGGUUACUUCCUGUAAAGAUAACAUAUGCAGACUUUGGGUGGAGACGGUUCUACCGGAGGACGGUUUGGUUAAUUUGUCACAACUCGAUCCUCAAGCGCACCAUCCGAAGUUCCGGACGCACAGGCACAAGCACCGUUUCAUGCAGCGCUUGAAACACAUGAAGACCUGUUUUCACAUAAGAAGAAACGCUAAACAUCACGGACCUGGUAUAGGCGGGCCUUCGCCUCCUAUACCAACAUUACCAUCGACUUAUAGUGUACACGAUUUCCAUUCGUAUGGAUACCACGGAACUGGAAUAACGCCGGGCUUGCACUUCCAUCUAGCGGCGUCUGUAAACGCCGAAACCGACAUACCGCUAGUUCCCAGCAUAAGCUUUUGCAAUCCCAAGCCCGCUUUCGUACUACAUUGGUUGGACAACAAGGAGAUGCAAUUCAGCCUACAAGCCGAAAUGUUCCUCGAGGAAUUUGCUAAACCUGUCGUGGAUAAUCCGGAAUCGGAGGAUUCCGAGGAACCUCUAAUGGAAUCGGGCGGUUCGGAUGGAGUCGAUGCAAGAAUAGAAAACUUCUUAAGAGACUGGCACCACAGUCCGGAUUUGUUGUUCAGUAUACACCCCGUAGAUGGUAGUUUUCUAAUUUGGAUCGUGGAAUGGCUGGACGAGUUCCAUCCGGGCUCCUUCAGACAGGCUCAGGUGUCCUUUUCCACUCGAAUCCCAUCGGCGUUCCCUCUAGGCGACUCCAUGAGCAUGUCGACCACGGUGAGCCUCUACAACACGACCCCUCUACUCAAACACCUCGUGAAAGAGGCGCUGCACAAGGAAUGCUACAAAACCAGGGACCUCAGCAGCGUGAAGGAAGAAGACGAAAACAAACCGCAGAACGAAAUUCCCAUACCGGCUUCGGAAGAACAACAAGAAGCCGCGCCGGUCGUGUCUCUCGUUACCAAGCACGACAACGGCACUUUGAACCUAUGGCAAAUCACGUUCGCCGACAAGAGCAAAUUCAGCCAGGUGCUCAGCAUAGGGCACAAGAGCCGGGCAUCCGGCCAUCGAUUCCGAGUCAACGACAUCACCUGCCAUCCGGUGUUGCCGCUACUUCUCACCACCAGCCACCACAACAUCAUCGACAAGAAAUCCGACAACUACAACAUAACGGGUUUCUGCAGCGAAUUGAUACUGUGGAAAGUGGACGCGGUGGGUCCGCUAUCGAAAUCCGGGGGUAUCUGCGAACUGGCCAGGAUCAGUUCGCCCGAACCGUCCGCCUUCAGCAACGUCGCCUGGAUUCCGACUUUGUUGCCCUCGAGCACGCUGGGGAAUCUGUCGAAUUCGCCCAGCGCUUGCUUCGUGGCGUCCGACGGUCAGUGUUUGAGGGUCUACCAGGCGGUCAUCGACGCUCGAACGCUGCUCGCCGAUCUGUCGUUCAAGGAGAGCCGCAGGAACGAGGAGGAUGAGGACGAGAGCGUGUCGGGAUUGUCUUCGUACAAUCAGGAGAGCAUUUUGGAUAACAUCAAUAUCGUGUCGCAGCAGAGCACCUCUCGACCCGGUUGUAUCAUCCAGCUGGAAACCAUUUCGGAGGCGAUUAAGUGGCAGAACACCACGUUCUUGCACGUUUACCAGGAACAGUUGAUCACAGGUCAGAAAAGUACGCCUAUAAAUUUGUCCGGCCACGAUGCCAUGGUGGACCUGCAACAAGCGGCUGUGUUCAAGGAACCUUUCUUCAUCGUCCUGCUCGAUUGCACCGAUCAAAACACCAUCAUCCACAUGUGGAAACUCACCAUAGCUUCCACUGAUACCGAUUACGCGCUCACCGGCAGCCAAAUGUACGUCCCCGACUCCGUUUUAGUGCAAGACGAGAACGAUUUAUCCAGGAAAAACAGCAUGGAAUCGCUGCAUUUAAAACCGUCCAAAGUGAGUCCUCACAUCAGCAUCACCGUCACCAGGGAAGUGAAGCAGAUCCUCCCGUUGGCCGAUGGGGUAGAAAUAGUCCACGCCACUCCUGCCGCCGGUCACUUGAGCUCGGCCUCGAUUUACCCGGCUUGCCUUGCUCCUUACUGCUUCGCGACGGCCUGCAGCGACGGCGUCAUCAGAUUCUGGGCCGUCUCCAUGAACCCCAAGCAAAUCAGAGAAUUCAACCAUCUGCUCCUAGAAGACGACGGCGCCGUCGUGGACACCGGCAAAGUCUGGACCGAGUGGAACAUGAUCAAAGAGUCCGCCAUCGAAAUCGAAGGGCAGGUGCUGAACAUCAGCGUCGCCUAUUCGGGCCGCCUGGCGUGCGCCUACAAGUACGGCAAGAGCUUCACCAGGCCGAACAAGAACGACCAAGAUUCGAGGUUCAUCAAUCUCUGCGUGGCGAUCUACGAGUGCGAAUCGACCGGCGGCAGCGAAUGGAUCCUCGAGGACGUCAUCCACUUGAAGAACAUCCACCUGCCGCGCAUCGACAUCAACAAACACCUCGAUUUGAGCUACCUGUACGAUUCGAAGACGCUGAAGAAGAAGCAGCGAAUCAACGAGGUGUUGCACACGUUCUCCGGCGACGACAGACAGAAUUUGGUCACCGAGCCGAACAUGAAAUCCACGUUACUCGCCGUUCCCAGCUUCACCACUCUCCAAUCUCUGAGGAAAUCGAUAUCCGAAAUGGGCAACAUUUGCCCGUUAACCCAAAAGCACAUAGUCCAAUUGGAUUGGGUGUCCAACGAAGACGGUUCGCACAUUCUAACAGUAGCCGUCGGUAGUAAAAUAAUGCUCUACACGCCGCUAUCCACCGACCUGGCGCAAGCCAACGUCAAGGCGAUGAAAGAGAGCCUCAACAAUUACCGGCCGAUACUCAGGAAGGCCAGCUCGCUGGCCCAGCCGUUGUUCGUCGACGAUUUCAAAUGGAUGACGCUGCGCAAGAUCGAGCUCCAAACGGCCGACGGCCUGCCCGCCCUGCCGAUGCAAAUCAGCUGGGUCAGGGACGGCAUCCUAGUGGUCGGCAUGGACUCGGAGAUGCACGUCUACACGCAGUGGAAGCCGCAGAACCCGUCGCAGCAGAACCAAUCGGGCGACGGCGACGGCCGCAACGGCAGGGACGUCGAUUUCCGCACGUUGACGCAGGAAAACCAGAAGAAACUGGCCGCCGUACCGACGCUGGGCCGCAUCAGCUCCGUCAAUCUGCAGAUACUCGAUCGCAAGCGGAACAAAGAGCAGAAUUUCGAUUACAUGCCCGAUUACGGGCUGUUCGAGGCCUCCAGGAUUGCCUGUCCGGUGCUGCCGCAGUACCACCCCAAGCAGCUCAUGGAGUUGCUGAAUUCAGGAAAAAUCCGUUGGGUGAAGGCGAUCCUGGCGCAUUUGGUGAAAUGCAUAGGCGGCAACCAGAUGAACCCCGACGAAAUCCAGAGCUGGACGCGCAGCAGAACGCUGUCGGUGAGCUACCCGCCGGGCAGCCCGGAGCACCGGGCCAGCAUCGGCGAGAUCAAUCUCGAUUACGACGAAAUCAACAACAUCCCGCCGUUGCCUUUGUGGACCCUCCUCGCCGCCGACAAGGAGUCGUCGGCCAAUCAAGAGGAGCAGAAGGACUACAACGAAUUGUUCGACAACAACGUCAUCAUGGAGGAUACGCUGGACAAUUUGCUCGACGAGAAGGAAGACCAGCGGCGACCGUCGGAGAGGAACCUCGGCGUGAUGCAUUUCACCCCCAAACAAGGAAGGAUAUUAUCCCGUCUGCUCACUCACAUCCACUUACCUGGUCUAUCCAGUUUGGAUCAAAUGCAUCUGCUGGCUCUCGCCGAUACAGUUUCCACAUGCAACACCGACUUGGCCGAGCGAUUCGCCAUAGACGCCGCCAAGAGCGCCAUGCAAAAGGAAAAUCCCGUCGGCCAAAAGGAGGACCUGUUAACCGAUAAUUUGGACGACUGCGGCUUGAGAUUCCUCCUAGCCAUGAAGCACUACGGAUACCUCCUAAGAUGCCUGCCGCUGGCGCAACGGACGCUCUUCCAGAAGAACGGCGUCGGCAACAACAACCUGGCGUGGGCCUACCAUUCGGAGAGCCAGGAGGAGCUGUUGAAUUUGAUACCGAGCUACGCCAAAGGGGAGCCGACGUGGCCGCAGCUCAGGGAGCUCGGCGUCGGCUGGUGGGUACGAAACAUCAGCCUUCUGAAGCUCAGCGUGCAAGUACUAGCGAAGGCAGCAUACCAAGUAAACCAAAACCCGAUGGACGCCGCUUUGUAUUACCUUGCGCUCAACAAGAAGAACCUCCUUUGGGGACUCUACAGGUCUUUGAGAGACGAUAAAAUGACGACGUUCUUCUCCAACAACUUCUCCGAGGACAGGUGGAGGAAGGCGGCUUUGAAGAACGCCUACGCCCUACUGGGGAAGCAGCGAUUCGAGCACGCCGCCGCGUUCUUCCUACUAGCCGGCAAUCUCAAGGACGCCGUGGAGAUUUGCCUCAACCGCUUGAACGACCUGCAGCUGGCCAUUAUCGUCAUACGGAUCUACAAAGGGGACGGCGACGAUCUGUUCAAGCUGCUCUACAGGGAGAUCUUGGGACGCGACGAGAACGGCGAGAACGAGGAUUUGACUAAAGCACACCCGGACCCGUUCCUUCGCUCGAUGGCGUUGUGGACGCUCAAAGAGUACCAAGCCUCGUUGGAUACUCUGUUGAUAGGUAACGCCGGUACCCAUCAUCAUCUUCACGACGACGAAGCUAGAGAAAUCAAAGAAGCCGAUCCGAACGUGUUCAAUUUCUACGUGUACCUCAGGACUCAUCCGCUGUUGGUGCGCCAGCACCUAACUAGCUACGGUAAGAGAAAGGUUUGGAUACCCGGCGGGAAGCAAAUAGUAGUGGACGAAUGGGUGACUCCUUUGGAAAGGCAGCUGUAUUUCGCCACUGCCCACGGUCAUUUCAGGGCGGGAUGUCCCGCCUUGGCGCUCGAAGUGCUCUCGAAGCUGCCCUACGUCGUCUCCGACAGGCCCAAGCGGAAUUCCGUGGACGCCAGCAAGAAUAAAGCGCGCGACCAGACGGACAUCGAGACGGGCAUCAUAUCGUGGGACACCAAACCGCCGGCGAGCAGCGCCGAUUUGGACUGGGGCGCGCCGGUGACCGAUCUCAACGUCAAAACCGACGAUUUGGAUCUGAAAUGGAGCGACGAUGAAGGCGAUAAGGAAUCCGACGAUUCCGACGAGGGCCUCAGCAUGGCAAUCGGCGCGAAGAAACAGGAAUCCAAAGAUGGCGACGAGGCAGAGAACGAGAACGGCGAGAAACAGCAGCACAUCGACAUCAUGGCGCAACAACUCAAAUUCGUGGCCUGCCUGAAGAUCCUCAUGGAGGAACUGUCCACUUUGGCUACCGGAUUCGAAGUCGACGGCGGUCAAUUGCGCUAUCAGUUGUACCUGUGGCUGGAGAACGAAGUCGAAGCGCUGCGCGAGCUCUGCAAUUACAGGUCGUCCGAGAUCGGCGAUCAAACGGAAAUCGAACAGGCUCCGGAGCCGGAGAAUUCGAGCAGCGUCGACGCGAGCAGCAAACCCACCCUCCACGAGAUCCUGGUGCAGGAGAAGUUGGACUUCGAGGCCAAAGUCCAGCGGGCCGCCAAAAGGAAACGCUGGUUACGAGCUAACGAGACGUUGCUGAGAACGUUGCUGAGCUACUGUUCGCUGCACGGCGCGACGGGCGGUUUGGCUUCGGUGAGAAUGGAACUGAUGUUGCUGCUGCAGGAACUGCAGCAGGAGAAGACCCACCAGCAACUACUGAGCCCGUUGCCGUUCCCCACUAGUUUGCCUCUGCUGGCUGCCAGCGUGGCCAGCAGCAAGACCGUCGUGGCCGAUCCAAUUCGUUACCUGCAAUGUCUCACGCACGACAUGUUGCAUACGCUGGUCGAAAUGGUGCAACCGAAUACCGGCCAAAGUCAAUUGUUGGUUAUCAGGGAUUUGGCCAUCGCCUUGUCCGCUUGUAUAUAUCAGUCGCUGUGCGAUUCGGAUACCUUUAAAAAUUCGCUACAAGAAGGACAGGAAAUCGGUGCGACGCACUUGGUGGGCCGCAAGAGACGCAUAUCCGUCAACGAAGGUCAUCACAUCAUCACGCUGCCGCCAAAAUGGCCGGGCGUGACGAGUUUACGAGCUUUAUUAGCCCGAGAAAAGGACGAGGACACCCCCCGAUUGACCGUCAUCCUAUGCGAAGCUUUCACAGCCGUAUACCUCGCGCUCGUGCUCUACGGUCUAGUAACGUUCGAUUGCGUUAUACUGUUCCACGUCAACGCCCAUUCGUUCGAUUCGGACAUUUGGGGAAAAUUGUUCGGUGGCGGAAUUAAAAAGCUCUUGCGCACGGCCAGCUUGACGGGCAACGUGCCCAAUCAUCCGGUGUACGCGACGCAACAGAGCAUCCAGACGCCGGUAGAGGAGGCCAGCGGCCCCGCCAACUGGCUGAACAAACAAAGAGUAAAGCUUAACACUAAACUUUUAGGACAACAGCCUUCCGUAAUGAAAGAGGACAAGCCCACUUACAGGGAGCAAUUCAUACCGCCCGAAAUGAGCAUACUGGCAUAUCUAUUGCAGAAACCGAACACCAGCGAUUACAUCGAGGAGGAAGAAAGCGACGUCGAAGACGAGGAAGAAGACGAAGACGUCUUCGAUACACCCGUCACCAAAUCCAUCAAAACCGUCAACAACGAGCAUUCCGAUCCCAAUUCCUACUCUUGGUUGGUGUUGAGAUUGGCCACGUUGCGCAUCGUCCAGCACAAAAUCAACGAAUUCCUCACGGUGGCCGGAUUGGAAGCGAGCGAGCUGCCGGUGGCCAGUCCGAUGAUACACAGCAGCCUUCGACGGCUCAACAUCUGGCAGGAGAGCCUGAAAAAAGAAUUGGAAAGCCGGCAAACGCCGCCCGAAUACAUACCCGGUUGUUACGUCGAAAACACCAGCGGACCGGCCAUUCAAAAAUACAGACAGCUUCUGGAGCCGCACAACACGCCGUUCAGCAGCAAAAGCUCGGCGGCGGCGGCGCGCCACCUGUGGACCUACCUGGUGCGCCAGGAGCUCGUCCAGGACAUCUUCAUCAGGGCGGUGUUCGGCAAACGUCGAUCGUCGGCGACGAUGGACGAGGUGCUGCCGCACGUCGAACCCGCCGUACUGGAACCCGUCAGGAUCAUACACAAGGAACAGGACUCCAUCGCCGCGUUUUGCUUGAACCAAGUGAACGGCGGUUACAUCGCCAUCGCCACUCCUAGGGAGCUGCAGGAGAUGGAUAUAUCGCUGUUGCUGGAGUUGCCGGCUUGGCUGGAGGACGAGUGCGAAUUGGAUAUAUUGAAUUUCACCAAAGACGCGCCGGAUUCGAGCGUGCCGCCGUUUUUGGUGAUCCAAAGCGCCUCCGAUAAGGGUAAGGAAACGCAGCCGGGCAGUCCGCAGGCCGGAGUCGCGGGACAGAGCGGACGAGGAGCCAGCGUCAUGAAGGGGUUAAGCUUCCCGGGCUGUCAUGACGCCAAUUUUGUCCACCUCGUUCUGCUUCGGUCGGUUCACAUGCUUCGACCGGUGCUGAAGCACAAAAUCGACGGCAUCAGAAGGAUCACUGCCCACCCGUUGCUGCCUUUAUAUCUAACUGGAGGCCAAGACGGUUCCGUGCACUUGUGGGAAUGGGGCCACCAGCAACCGGUCGCGGUGCCCCGACCGCCUGGAACUUACGCCAAAGUCACCAGGGUGCGAUUCUCCCAGCACGGGAAUAAAUUCGGCGUGGCCGAUUCGGACGGGAACUUGAGCUUGUUCCAAGUCGGUUUGAGCGCCAACGCCACUCGACCGUUCUUCACGCUACAAUGCCACAACAAAGGAAUCAGCGACUUCGUCUUCUUGGGUUCCUGCAGUCUCUUGGCUACCGCCGGGCACAGUUCGGAGAGCAAGAACGUGUGCAUUUGGGACUCGAUCCUGCCGCACGGGAAGGCUUUGGUGAUGGCGUUCACGUGUCACGAACAGGGCGCUAGUAGCUUGGUGUUCGCGCCCCAACACCAGGUGCUCAUAUCGGCCGGCAAGAAAGGGGACGUUUGUUUGAUAGACGUGCGAUCCAAGUCGAUCAGGCACAAGUUUACGGCGCACGAGAACGCCGUCAAAUGCAUCGCCAUCGAUCCGCACGAGGAUUACUUCGCCACCGGAUCCGCCGAUGGGGAUAUUAAGAUUUGGGGAGUGACUGUUCCAAAUGUCCUUCUGUCGCUGCCUGCGGAGCACGCCAGGAGCAGUUUCUUCAAGAAUAUCGGGCAGGGAGUGACGCAAUUGCACAUCGAUAAUCACUCGAGGUUGUUUUCCUGCGGGGCCGAUGGUAGCAUGAAAGUGAGGCAGUUGCCUGAUAGGGAAACCCUUCUUAGUCAUCAUUAA